GUUGUGCUGGUCAGAGAGCGGACGGAGCGCUCGAGCCUGAGGAUAACGGAGGCUUUAAAGUUUGGAUUUUAUGAUGGAUAGUCGUGUUUUAUUCCGCGUGAAUUUCCCUUAACCUGACCGGAAUCAUGCGGAGCUACACGGGCAGCUGCCUCUCUAUAGCCUGCCUGAUUCUGUCGCUUUGGACUCAGGUGUGCCGGUCGUCCGGCUAUCUGGAGCUCCGGCUGUCUCGUGUGGAGAACAGCGACGGGCAGCUCGCGAGCGGGCGCUGCUGUGGAGGAGGGGGCGUGUGCGCGUGCCGCACGUAUUUCCGCGCGUGCGCCAAGGAGUAUCAGGUGGAGGUGAGCCUCGGGGGCCCGUGCAUCUACGGCAGCGCGAGCAGCAGCGUGCUCGGGGCCAACUCCUUUCAGCUGGAGAACAGCCGGGAUAAACACGGUGAAACCGGAACCGUGCUCAUCCCGUUCGAGUUCGCGUGGCCGAGGGCAUUCACUCUGAUUGUGGAGGCGUGGCACUGGGACAACAGCACAAUCAGUGACGACAAGAAUGAUCUGCUGAUCGAGAGGGAUGUGUAUCGUGGGGAGAUGAACCCCGGAGAUGAGUGGCAGGUGAUCCAGCACACCGGCUCAACAGCCAGCUUCCAGUACAGCGUACGCAUUCGCUGCGAGCGGCAUUACUACGGCAACAAGUGCAACAAGAAAUGCCGCCCACGGGACGACUACUUCGGACACUACGAGUGCGACCACCUCGGCAACCAGCAGUGCUUGGAGGGCUGGACUGGACCUGAAUGCAAGACAGCUCUCUGUAAGCAGGGCUGCAGUGAGCUGCACGGAACCUGUGCUGUUCCAGGAGAAUGCACGUGUCAUUACGGGUGGCAGGGUCCUCUGUGUGACGAGUGCCUGACGCAUCCAGGGUGUGUUCACGGCACCUGUGUGAAUAAAUGGGAGUGCAUCUGUGAGAAGAACUGGGGCGGACUGAUGUGUGAUCAAGACCUGAAUUACUGUGGGAGCCACCGGCCGUGUGUGAACGGAGGGACGUGCUUGAACACGGAGCCCAAUAAGUACCAGUGCGUUUGCCCUGAGGGUUACUCUGGCAAAAACUGUGAGAUAGUGGAACACGCAUGCAUGUCCAACCCGUGUGCCAACGGUGGAACGUGCCACGAGAUAGCGUCGAGAUUCGAGUGUCUCUGUCCCCCGGGCUGGUCAGGACCUACCUGUGCUAAAGAUAAAGACGAGUGCAUGUCGGCUCCCUGCGCUCACGGAGGAACCUGCAUCGACCUGGAGAACGCCUUUGACUGCGUGUGUCCCGCGCAGUGGACGGGGAAGACCUGUCAGAUAGAUGUGAAUGAGUGUGUGAAGAAGCCUUGUGUAAACUCUUACUCUUGUAAAAAUCUGAUUGGUGGAUAUCACUGUGCCUGCUACCCAGGCUGGACGGGACAGAGCUGUAACAUCAACAUCCAGACCUGUUAUGGCCAGUGUCAGAAUGGAGGCACAUGCAAGGAUGGUCGCCAUGGCUACGUGUGCCAGUGUCUGCCGGGGUUUGUGGGUAGGCACUGUGAGGUGCAGCAGAGCGGCUGUGCGAGCGCUCCGUGUCAGAACGGGGGGCAGUGCCGGGCGACGCGAGCCGGAUACGAGUGCCAGUGUCUGCCCGGGUACACAGGGACCACCUGCCAGGUGCAUGUAGACCCAUGCACCCCAAGCCCCUGCCAGAACAAAGCUCAGUGUCAUGCUCUGCAGGGUGAUUUCUACUGUGCGUGUGCUGACGAGUAUGAAGGGAAAACGUGCGUUCAGCUGAGAGAUCACUGCAAGACCAGCGCCUGCCGAGUGAUUGACAGCUGUACCAUUGCUGUGGCGUCUAACUCUACGAAGGAAGGGGUCUGGCAUAUCUCCUCCAGUGUGUGCGGCCCUCACGGUCGCUGUAUCAGCCUAUCAGGAGCCAACUUCACCUGUGCAUGCCAACCUGGAUUCACAGGGUCAUACUGCCAUGAGAAUAUUAAUGACUGUGCAUCGUCUCCAUGCCGGCACGGCGGAACAUGUCUGGAUGGAAUCGGCUCCUUCAAGUGUCUUUGUCCAGACGGCUGGGAGGGAGCACUCUGUGAACAGGAGAUAAACGAGUGCAUGAGUGGGCCGUGUAUGAAUGGAGGUCAGUGUGUGGACCAGCUCAAUGACUUCUACUGUCACUGCACUGAUAACUGGAAGGGCAAGACCUGUCAGUCUCGAGAGAGUCAGUGUGACCCUACUACGUGUGCUAAUGGUGGAACAUGCUAUGAUCAUGGAGCAUCAUACCUCUGCGUGUGUCCAUCUGGCUGGCAGGGCAGUACCUGCAAUUUAGCAACAAACAGCACAUGUGAUUCUCAGCCUUGUGCCAACGGGGGCACAUGUGUAGGAGGGGUCAAAAGUUUCACCUGCAUGUGUAAAGAUGGCUGGGCUGGAUCUGACUGCACCCUGAAUGUUGACGACUGCAAUCCUCAUCCCUGUUAUAAUGGUGGUAUGUGUGUGGAUGGUGAGAACUGGUUCCGCUGUCAGUGCGCUCCUGGAUUUGCUGGACCUGACUGUCGCAUCAAUGUUGAUGAGUGUCAGUCCUCACCCUGUUCUUAUGGAGCCUCCUGUGUAGAUGAGAUUAACGGGUAUCGCUGUGAGUGUCCGCCGGGCCGAGCUGGACCUCGCUGUCAGGAAUUUAUUGGUGUUGGUAAGGCGUGCCAGCACUCCGGGUUGCCAGUUCCUCAUGGAGGCCGUUGGGAAGAGGAGUGCAACACCUGCCAGUGUGUGAAUGGAAACAUUAAGUGCACCAGGGUGCAUUGUGGGCAUCGGCUCUGCAUUCUGCACACGAGUUCAGGUGAAACGCAGCAGCAGCAGCAGCGAUGUCCUGCAGGACAGGAGUGCACAGAAGAUCCCUCACUGUCCUGUCUCCAUCCACCCUGCCUUCAGUGGGGCGUGUGCUCCAGCCCGCAUUCUCCACCAGUCGACACCGACUGCAGACCAAACAACAGUUAUCUUGACCAAAACUGUGCUCGUGUUACCCUCAUAUUCGAUACAAAGUCUCUGCCACAGGGAGCAACUGUAGAGGGUAUCUGUUCAGAACUAAGAUACCUCCCUGGCACUCGAGUCCUCGCCAAAGACUACACCCUGUUCAUACUGUGUGAGCAGUCACCUUCCAGCAGCAGUGCGGUGGAGGUCGCUAUGUCGUAUGAACAGUCUUCUGCAGUUGAGAACACAGGACAGAUACAGGAAGUGGUCGGCUCUAUUAUUAACGUUCUGUCCAAACGUCACAACAGCACUCUGCUACUGGCCAUACGAGAGGUUAAAGUGGAAGCACAGGUCAUGCCCACCUCCAUAGGUUACCUGGUUCCGCUGCUGUGUGUUCUGUUCACGUUGCUGUGGAUCUCCUGCAUGGUGGUCUGCAUCUGCUGGUUCCGCAAGCGCAGGAAAGCCAGAGAGAGGACCGGCGCUCCCAUAGAGGAGAGCGCCAACAACCAGAGGGGGGCGCUACUGGGCGCUCAGUCGCCCCAUAAGGAGAACGUAGACGUUGGGGAAGAAAGCAAAAGCCUGAUGUACCCUCUGGACAGGGUGGGAGACGGGGCGGAGAAGGAGAACGAGGACGAGGACGGAGGAGAGAGGGACAGGAAAGGGCUGACGGUGGAUAAGUGCCCUUCUCUGAAGUACACUAAAGGGGAAGUAGUGUACACUGUUUGCACUGCGGCACAGAAACAGCCCUCAAGGACACACUACAGCGCUAAGGACAACCGAUGUAAGAAUGUGAACAAUAGUGAACAGGUGAAAGAUCACUACGUAUGAGCAAAGUGGGAAAGAGCAAACACACGCGCUGGACUUUUUAGAUGUCCUCGUUGAAAACGGAGCCGUCCAUGAUCUUACUUUUUUUAUUUCUACAAGUCAUUUUUCUUCUGUUUACACUGUUUUUAUUUUUAUUUUUUUAAAGGAAAAAAAAUAUGUUUUUUUGUUUUUUUUAAAUCUAAGCUGGAUGUGUGGCUGAAGACAAAUCCA